AUGUCGCCAAUCGAUGAGGAAGUCGUUCGCGAUGCUACUAAACCGGAGACCGUGGACAGCUGCGACCCCGAGAAGCAAGGCGGGACAUGUGUUCGUGGAAAAUCGGUCCCAGAGUCUCUUUUCAAAGGGCUGGGUAUUAUAGAUCGGUUUCUGGCCGUCUGGAUAUUCCUCGCCAUGGCAAUCGGUAUUAUCCUCGGAAAUUUUGUUCCAAAUACGGGCCCAGCAUUGCAAAGGGGAACUUUUGUUGGUGUCUCCAUACCUAUAGCGGUCGGGCUACUCGUUAUGAUGUAUCCCAUCUUGUGCAAAGUGCAGUACGAAACUCUGCACCGAGUUUUCAAGACGCGAGAAAUCUGGAUCCAAAUCGGCUUUAGCAUCGUUUUGAACUGGAUAAUUGCGCCACUUUUUAUGUUGGGUCUCGCGUGGGCUUUUCUUCCCGAUGAACCUGAACUUAGGGAAGGUCUGAUUUUAGUAGGAUUGGCGCGAUGCAUCGCCAUGGUUCUGAUCUGGACCGGCCUUGCCGGGGGCGAUAAUGACUACUGCGCGAUCCUUGUGGCGAUCAACUCGUUACUUCAGAUGGUUCUCUUCGCCCCGCUGGCCGUCCUAUUUGUAAAAGUGAUUAGCAAUUCUAGCGACCAAGUCAGCGUCUCCUACUCCAUCGUCGCCAAAAGCGUUGCCGUAUUUUUGGGAAUUCCUCUCGGAGCCGCCAUCGUCACCAGAUUCGCACUUCGGAGUCUCGCCGGAUCAAAGUGGUAUGACAACGUCUUCCUCAAAUGGGCAGGACCAUGGUCCCUCAUUGGACUGCUAUUCACCAUACUAGUCCUCUUUGCCUCGCAGGGAGAGCAAGUAGUGCACCAGAUCGUCUCUGUUGUUCGCGUGGCUGCUCCCUUAAUUGUGUAUUUUGUCGUGAUCUUCUUUUGCACUCUGAUCGUGGCGUACCGACUGGGCUUCGGAUACAAACUAUCUGCGACUCAAAGCUUCACCGCGGCGAGUAACAAUUUCGAAUUUGCCAUUGCUGUGGCCGUAGCGACAUUUGGGGCUCAGAGUGACCAAGCUUUAGCCUCCACUGUCGGUCCACUCAUUGAGGUUCCAGUGCUUUUAGGGCUGGUAUACGUUGUGAAGUUCAUUGCAAAGAGAGUUGGAUGGAACGCCUAA